UGAAACAAAUCCAGCACAGUGCACUGGUCAAAUACAUGGAACGAAAGAUCAGUCAAAGGCCAGGGGGGUCACAACACCUCCCACUGCAUAAGCCACCCCUGCAGGAGAGACUGUCAAAUCCCAAAGGUCCUCCUGGCCACAUUUCCAACCCAAAUGGAAGCAGGAAGGUGCAAAAUGAUGAGGUUUUCUGCCAACUUCUCUCUGAACAAAAAUCACCAGAUGUUUCUCCACCUUUGCCUUUUGCUCCCCCACUGAAGGUGAGCAGCAGGUGUGAUCCCAACCAAGGGGACAGGAGCUGUACCAGCAAGUGUCCAUCAGCUGAAAGUCUCCCACAGGCAGGGGGUUCUGCAACUGGGAGACUUCCUGAGAGAUCAAAAUCCACUUCUUCUUCCACACAGGACGCGUGCAGAUGUGCCAGAGGUGCAGCAGCACCGGGCCGGCGCUGCGGGAGCUGCCCCAGUUUCCGUGAUGCUGAGGAAGAUGGACCCAAGAAUCAUGAACAUAGUGACACAACUGGACAUGUGUGUGGCCAGGAUAAAAAGGAGCAAACUCCUGAAACCCCCCUUCCUGUCCCAAGAGGUGGAAGCAAGGAGAGUGCUCGAGUGGAGGAGGAAUGCAGAACUCAGUCUCCGGGUGGGAAUGCUGCACUCCAGCAUCCAGAGCAGCAGCCUGCAGCUUCUCCAGAGCAGGGAAUGGAUCUCCAUGCAGCACCAGCUGAGCCUCACCAAGGACACAAACAUGCAGCCAAAGGUCUCCUUGCCCAGGAAACAUCCAUGCACAGCAACCACGAUGAUGUUCCCCUGGACAGGGACACACACCUGCCCCAAAGGAGGCUGCAGACUUCUCAGGAGCAGCGAUACCAAGAGCUUGCUAUGGAGAUCAUUGCCAAAGACAGCUCCCUGGUGGACAUUCUCAUGCCUCAUCCUCUUAGAAAAACUGCUUUGGACCUGAUGGAGGGUUUGUUUCCUGUUAACAUUUCCAUGCUGGAUAAAUCACGCAGGAAAAGGAGAAAGGCACAGCAUGUGCAGGAGAAUGACAGGAAAAGCCAUGGAGGUGGACCAGAAGAAUGUCCAAAAUCUGAGCAUGAAACCAAGCAAAGGAGCAAAGAUCCUGCUUCUAUGAGAAACCAAGUCCUGAAGAGGAACAGAGACAGCACAAAUGAGCUAGAUGACAUCACAUCUAAGAAGCUGGAACUCAUGGCCAGUCUCCAAUCCAGGCUGCAGGCACUGUGGGAGGAGCAGGAGCUGGUUCUCCUGGAAGUCAGGGAAUGUGCCAAGUGGGGCGAGGAGCUGGAGGUGCUGCUGCGGGAGCUGUGCAAGCCCAAGGAGUUCGAGCGCUACCUGAUGUUCAUCGGGGACCUGGAGAAGGUGCUGAGCCUCUUGCUCUGCUUGUCCAGCCGCCUGGCCCGCGUCCAGAACGCCCUCAGCAGGGUGGAUGGCAGCACGGAGCCUGAGGAGAAGCAAUCGCUGAAUGAACGGCACAAGCUCUUGUCUCGACAGCGGGAAGAUGCAAAGGACCUGAAGGAGAAUCUGGACAGGAGAGAACGUGUGGUCUCUGGAAUCCUUGCCAAAUACCUGACAGAGCAGCAGCUCCGGGAUUAUCAGCACUUUGUUCAAGUCAAGACCUCCUUGCUGAUUGAACAGAAGGACCUCGAAGAGCAGAUUAAAUUUUUCGAAGAACAAUUAGAAAAUCUCGAGCAAAGCAUCCCCAUCUAACACCCACCACCAGGCCAAACAUUUUUAUAUGUUAUAUGGGAUGUUUCCCUGGAAAUCCACAGGCACUCUUCUCCCAGGGUUCAGUUUGGUGGAUUCUUCCAAUCCUGUUUGUGCCACAGCACUAAGGUUCAGAUGCUUUGGGAUGCUCCAGGCACACUCUGACAGCAUCUCACAGUGUGUAGCAAACUGCCUUGUGGACAUGACUGAUAGGAUUCAUUGCUCCUAUUAACUGAAUGUGUAUUUCCCCUUCCUCUUGUCUGUCCAUCUGUUUCCAGACUGACAUCAUCUCAAUAAAAGAACCCUACAAAUAUUUGCCUCUUGUGGGUGGGUUGAGUGUUUGAAAAGAAAAAUUAUGUGGGUGUUCAGAUUUGAAUUGGUGAUUGCACAAAGCCAUAGAAAAUGUUAUGGACCAUUUCAGUGAAGCUCCUGCACUCAUUUCUACUGUUUAUAUGUGUGACACAGUAAAAAUACACUGUAAUGAAAGAAAAUAAUUACUUCCUUUCUUGGCAGUUGUCACCCAUGAGUCUUUCCU